UCUGUGUCAGUCUGAGUGUGACAGAGUUAAGAAGGCAUAGAGAGAAGGAAGGAAAAGGAGUCCAAAAAGGAACGGUUCAACGGAAUGACAAAGUUUCAAGCUAAUCAGACAACAUGGAAUUUAUACCUCUAUAAGACAAAUGUGAAAUCAACUACAUGGGUUUGAGAGCUUUAAGAUGAGUGUAUGAAGUAAGACAUGGCUACUCCAGACGAGUUCGAGUCUACAGCAGGUGUAGAUGUUGGUGCUGAUGUAAAUGGAGAAUCUAUACCUCAUGGAGAGAGCACACAUGCAGAUAACCAGGGAGCAAAUGAGCAGAUUGAUCCUGAGAGAAUAGAGGUCGUGUCUGUAACAGAAGAAGAUAUUCCUGCUAUUGAUACCCCAGCCACUCUGAACGUCAGUCCCCUGGACAGCCCAAGUGCCAGUCCUGCACCGGACAGCAGCAUUGUCAAACCAGCUUUUGAAGACACAGCUUCCAAAGAUCUUUCAACUGAAGUCCCUAACAAUGUCUCAGCUCAGUCCAGCCCAUCAAUGCCAGUUACCAAAGUCCAGCCCUUCGUUACAGUUGAGGAGAAAACAUUUCGUGGCAGCCUGUACGCAAGUAGGAUGGAGAUACUAAUUGGAGCUUGUGUGCUACUCGCCCUCAUCGUUGUGCUUGGGAUUGGACUGGGUGUCGGCUUGAGUUGUGCUGGGAAGUUUCGAUGUGGUUCUUCUGGGUGCGUCAGCAUGUCUGUACAAUGUGAUGGCCAUCUAGACUGUGAGCAUGGAGAAGAUGAGCUCAGCUGCGUGCGUCUGAGUGGUAGGAGCUCUGUACUUCAGGUGCUUAUUGGUGGAGUCUGGAGCACUGUUUGUGCCGACGACUGGGGCCCUGAGCUUUCGCUAUCUGCGUGCAAACAGCUUGGUUAUUCCGGAUAUGUGGCGUGGAAUUCACUUCCUCUGUCCUCUGUUGAGCAGGAUUUUCAAAGUAACCUGGUAUCAAUCAGUUGGAACCACACAAGUUCCCAGCAAGCCAUCAAGAUACACAACAUGUCUAGUCUCAGUAAAACCCAGUGCAGUUUUGGAAAGGUAACAACACUGAAGUGUAUAGCUUGUGGUUCCAGACCUCGGUUCAGUGCUCGUAUAGUUGGUGGUAACCUGUCAGCUGAGGGCCAGUUCCCCUGGCAGGUGAGCCUACAUUUUCAGAGUGAGCAUCUGUGCGGUGGCUCCAUUAUAUCAUCUCACUGGAUACUGACAGCUGCACAUUGUGUGUACGGGUUUGCAUAUCCUACGCUGUGGUCAGUAUAUGUGGGAUUGAUAGAACAGCCAGUGAAUGGAGCAAAGUCUCUGGCGGUUGAGAAGAUUAUUUAUCACAGUCGCUACAGACCCAAAGGCUUGGACUAUGAUAUUGCAUUGCUUAAACUGGUGCAGCCUCUCAACAGUUUCAAUGAUUUUGUACAGCCUAUUUGUCUGCCAAAUUUUGGGGAGCAGUUUGAUGAUGGAAAAAUGUGCUGGAUUUCAGGAUGGGGGGCCACAGAGGAUGGGGGUGAAGUGAGUGUGUUUCUGCAUUCAGCAAGAGUACCAUUGAUCUCCAAUAAGGCCUGCAGUCAGCCGGAUGUUUAUCAAGGCUAUAUUUCCCCAGGGAUGAUUUGUGCAGGUUACUUGGAUGGUGGGACAGACUCCUGCCAGGGUGAUAGUGGUGGACCACUUGCUUGUGAGGAUUCCUCCAACUGGAAAUUGGUGGGGGCCACAAGCUGGGGCCAAGGCUGUGCAGAAAAAAACAAACCUGGGGUUUACACACGCAUCACACAGUCCCUCACUUGGAUACAUCUACAGAUGGAGAGAGAAGAAAUGUUGAAACCCUCAACUAUCAGCUCAGAUUCUUGAAACAACUUUCUAACUAAGGGAGAUAUGACAUCAGGAUACUGAAUCUAGGCAGGGAUUCAAUAGGAAAAAUAAUCUGCCACUGGCUGUAACUGUUUGUCAUAUAUAAUUAAAAAAAUCAUGUAUAUUAUGUGCACACAAAUUUGGAAAAAGUUUUGUUUAUUUGGUGCAAGUAGUCUUGUACAGUACUUGCUAUUGUUUUAAGCAAUAAUCUGCCAAACAAUCCUGUAAAGUGUCAUGAGAAAUUACACUUAAGCAUUUCCACAAAAACAGAACUCGCAAUGUGAAUUGAGGCAAUAAAUAGUGAGGAAAAAAUCCAUGCAUAAUUUUCAUUGUUUCAACUUUAUAAAGCCUUACUAUGGAAUACUACUGUAAUGCUUACAGUCCUUAAAGGGGCAAUUUAUAACUCUGACAUCAAGCGCGUAAAAUGGGUUCUGCAGAGAGAGUUGUCUCCCCCGCCCCCUCCUCCCCACUCGAAGCUCACGCGGGUUGCCAGUUUGAGGACACGCAACAGGAACGAGCAAACUGACAAUGGCAAACGACGAGCCUUACACUGUAAAUUAAUGUAUACGUUUGAAAUGUUUUUAUUGUUUGCAAAUUAUAAACCAGCUCAUGUGAUUUUUUUUUAGAACUCUGUCAAUGUUAGCUAGAUGUAUUGCUGGCUUCCAUGGCUGCAGCAUGCUGUGUUUGCCCGCUAACUUGUUUCUGGCAACCCGGGGUGUUGAAAUACUAUUGGAAAAUGGGCAGUGGGCAGGAUUACACAGGCCAAAACACAAACAGAAAU